AUGGCGUCGGAUCCCUCCAAGUAUAAGCUAAACCACACCAUGAUCCGGGUCAAGGACCCAAAGAGAUCGGUGGAGUUCUACAAAUUCCUUGGCUUCAAUCAGAUCCAGCAGCUUGACUUCCCCGAAAACAAGUUCUCGCUUUACUUCCUCGCCUACAAUGGCCCCCAUUCUCUGCAAGGUGAUCGUCACUGGACGGACCGCAACGCAGUGCUGGAGCUCACCCACAACUACGGCACCGAGAACGACCCCAACUACACCAUCAACAAUGGCAACGUCGAGCCCCACCGGGGAUUCGGCCACAUCGCCAUCUCCGUCGACAAUAUCGAGGCGGCCUGCAAGAGACUCGAGGACGCCGGCUAUCCAUUCCAGAAGAAGCUCACAGAAGGUCGCAUGAAGAACAUCGCCUUUGCCAAAGACCCCGAUGGAUACUGGGUCGAGAUCAUCCCUCUUCGCAACCAGGCCGUCGAUACCACGACGACGGAUCCUGCCACCUACCGUCUGAACCACACCAUGCUGCGGGUCAAGUCCGCCGAGACCAGCCUCAAGUUCUACCAGGAGGUCAUGGGCAUGUCUCUCAUCCACACGAUCGAGAACAAGGAUGCAGCCUUCAACCUCUACUUCCUCGGAUAUCCCCUAUCCAACCCCCCGGUCAAGGAGAACGCUACCAAUCCGCCGACUGAUUGGGAAGGGGUGCUCGAGCUCACCUGGAACUAUGGCACCGAGAAGCAGGAGGGCAAGGUCUACCACGAUGGUAACUCGGAACCUCAAGGCUUCGGUCAUAUUUGUGUCUCCGUCGAUGAUCUCAAUGCCGCCUGCGAUCGGUUUGAGUCUCAGAAAGUGAACUGGAAGAAGCGGUUGACCGACGGACGGAUGAAAAAUGUGGCUUUCAUUCUCGACCCUGAUGGAUACUGGAUCGAGGUGAUCCAGAACGAGACGAUCAAGCGCACCAGCAACUGGUAG